UUACAAUAUUUAUGGAAAUAAUAAUACGCACAGUUUGUUGAUACUAAGUAUAAACUAGCUUUUUGCUUUGUACACGUAAUUUCUAAAAAAAUUGUUUUUAAGUAAAUCUUUUAACUUCCAUCAAAAUGCCUGUUGAUGCACGUGAAUUAAUGGAGGCAAUUUCUAUUAUUGCUAAUGAGCGUAACGUACGUGUGACCAUGAAACAGACUUGCAAAGGAGCCAUGGUUUGUGCAGCCAGCGCUUUUACGGGCGGGCUACUGCUUGGACCUGUAGGUCUAGCAGUUGGUGGUACUGCCGGUGGCCUAAUGGCUUAUAAAAUGACCAGUGGUUCCUUCCGACCGUUAGCUGAUGUAUUGCUAAAUGAUUUAACUGAUGAGCAGCAAGAGCAAUUGGUGCGACAUGUCAACAAUGCAGUGGCCGAGUUCGAAAUAUCCGAUUUAGCAGUGUUAUUGCCGUUAUUAAUGAACAACGCGAGUAUCCAGCAGGCAGUUUUAAAAACAGCCAUAACUUUCGUGUCGAAUGAGCUGAAGAUGCAAAUAAUCGACUGACCUGUGGGUGUUAUUUGGGUGGCAAGAGAACAUAUUAAGCUAUUAGCUACAAUAUUUCUUAAAAGUUCCCUCUAUAUAGGGUUGCUUUCUCUAUGUUCUUGCGUGCUAUUUUUAAUUUUUGUAUAUGGUAAUAUAAUUUUAAGUUAAUUGCAAUAUGAAAUAUUAAUGUAAAUAUCAACUUUUAUCAUAAGAUAGCUAUGUAUUUAUCAACUGAUUGUAAAUAUUAUUGCUAAUAAAGCAUAUAAAAUGUAACUCUAAAAUUGCAAGAUGGAGAACCAUAUCUCUUAGCAAUUAAAUUAAA